AUGUUGGAAGUUAUCGGUGCUGCACCAGGAAGUCAUGCUAAUCAAGACUAUUAUGAUGUCUGGAUAAAUUCCUCUGAAUAUGUAGCGAUUAAUCAUGAAUUGGAUAUUAUGGAACAAGAAUUAGUGAAAAAGCCGAAAGAUAAUUCACCUGAGAAUAUGAAGACAUAUGCAGCUCCAUUUUGGUAUCAGUAUAAAUACGUCACGCAAAGGGUAUUCCAGCAAUAUUGGAGAACGCCUUCAUAUACUUAUUCAAAGGUCUUAAUGUCAAUAUUUUCAUCUUUGUUCAAUGGGUUUGCUUUCUUUAAGGCUGAUAAAUCUUUGCAGGGGUUACAAAAUCAAAUGUUUUCUGUCUUCAUGUUUUUUGUUCUUUUCAAUACCUUGGUCCAACAAUACUUGCCUCAUUUUGUUGCCCAGAGAGAUUUAUAUGAAGUUAGAGAAAGGCCAUCAAGGACUUUAUCGUGGGUUGCCUUUAUUGCUGCACAAAUUACUGCCGAGAUUCCAUGGCAGAUUGGUUCAGGAACUCUUGCUUUCUUCUGUUGGUACUAUCCAAUUGGUCUUUAUAAGAAUGCAGAACCUACUGAUGCUGUAGCCCAAAGAGGUGCCUUAAUGUGGAUUAUUAUUGUGUUGUUCUUCAUAUAUUGUUCUUCCAUGGCGCAGCUAUGUAUCUCGUUCAAUGAAUUAGCGGAUAAUGCUGCGAAUUUGUCAUCUCUACUAUUCACAAUGUGUUUAACGUUCUGUGGUAUCUUGGCUUCAUCUGAUUCAAUGCCAAGAUUUUGGAUUUUCAUGUACAGAUGUAAUCCUUUCUCAUAUUUGGUGUCAGCAAUUUUAUCCGUCGCUCUAGCAAAUUCUGACGUUACAUGUGAUGAUAAUGAGUUAUUAAAAUUCAAACCUGAAGAUGGGCAGACUUGCGGUGAAUACAUGCAAACUUAUAUGAGCUUUGCAGGUGGUUAUUUGGUUAGUAAUGAUACCACGGGAACUUGCGAGUAUUGUACGGUUGCCUCGACAAAUGUAUAUUUAAAACAAUUAGGUGCUGAUUAUAGUAAGAAAAGUCGUGAUAUUGGUAUCUUUGUUUGUUUUAUCGCUAUCAACAUGAUCGGUACUAUAUUUUUCUACUGGCUUGCUAGGGUACCAAAGACAAGUAGACAAAAAAAUAAAUGA